AUGCAGCUGGUGCAAACUGCCGGAGUGGCGGCGGAGUCGAUCAAGUUCGGGACGUGCUCCCUCCAGAGCGACAAGUACAUAUGUGUCUGCCAGGGGGGAGAGCUGGUGAUCGUGGACAUGACCGCGGGCAAUGCGGUGAAACGGUGGCCCAUCUCCGCCGAGGCUGCUAUCAUGAACCCCACCCAGAAGAUCGUGGCGCUGAGGGCCCAAGGCCAGCUCCAGAUCUUCAACCUGGAGGCGAAGAGCAGGCUGAAGAGCCACACGAUCUCGGAGCCGAUCGUGUUCUGGAAGUGGUUCGACGCGACGACGAUCGCGCUCGUGACCGCCUCGGCGGUGUUCCACUGGUCCAUGGGAGGUGACUCUGGCCCGCAAAAGAUCUUCAACCGCGACGCCAAGCUUGAGGGGUGCCAGGUGAUCGGCUACAACGUGAGUGCGGAUGGGAAGUGGUGCCUCGCCGUGGGGAUCUACCAGGCUUCUCCUGGAGUCAUCGCCGGAACCAUGCAGCUCUACAGCGUGGACAAGCGCGUGUCGCAGAUACUGAACGGGCACACGGGAACCUUCGCCAAGAUCAAGGUCCCCGGCCGUGCGGAGGAGGCGCAGGUGCUCUGCUUCGAGGAGAAGAAGGUUGACUCCCCCGCCAAGCUGUACGUGAUGGAGGUCGGCAGGGACAAGGACGCGCCGGGGGGCGUGUUCCGGCUGUCCCCCCAGCAGAUCCCCAACGCCGCGGACGCGCCCAACGACUUUCCGGUGGCGAUGCAGGUGAGCCCCAAGCACGACAUAAUCUUCAUGAUCACCAAGAUGGGGUACCUGUUCAUGUUCGACAUCCACUCCGGGAAGGCCCUGUACCGCGCCAAGAUCAGCGAGCAGACCAUCUUCGUCACCACCACCCAGGACGCGACCGGAGGCAUCGUCGGCAUCACCGCCCGCACAGGAGCCGUCCUCCAGAUCUCGGUCAACGAGGCCACCCUGGUGCCCUACGUGGUGAACACCCUCCGGGACUCGGCCCUCGCCAUCCAGCUCGCCGCCCGCCUUAACCUGCCCGGCGCCGACGACCUGUACAUGUCGGAGUUCAACCGCAUGCUGGGGUCGAACGACGUGGCCGCUGCGGCCAGGCUUGCGGGGGAGUCUCCCAACGGUCUUCUGCGGACCGCCGCUACGAUCCAGCGGUUCCAGCAGAUCCCCGCUGUGCCCGGGUCACCGCCGCCGGUGUUCCAGUACUUCUCGGUGCUGCUCGAGCGCGGCAAGCUCAACGGCAUGGAGAGCAUCGAGCUCACCCGCCCGGUCCUUACCCAGGGCCGCACUGACAUGCUCGAGAAGUGGCUGACCGAGGACAAGCUGGAGUGCUCCGAGGAGCUCGGAGACCUCAUCUCCCAGGUGGACGCCAACAUGGCCCUUUCCGUGUACCUGCGCGCCAACGCCGCCGAGAAGGUCGUGAACUCCUUCUCCCAGAGGGGGGAGUUCGACAAGAUGGUGGCCUACGCCUCCAAGGUCGGCUACCGGUGCGACUACACCGUCAUGCUCCAGAACAUGGUGCGGACGAACCCCCAGGGGGCCCUGGCGUUCGCGAAGAAGGCCGCGACCACGGAGCCCCCGCAGAUCGACCCUAACACGGUGGUGGAGACGUUCAUGUCGGCCAGCCUGGUGCAGGAGACGACCGCCUUCCUGCUGGAGGCCCUCAAGAACAACAAGAAGGAGGAGGGGUACCUGCAGACGAAGCUGUUGGAGAUCAACCUCCUCGGGGGGUCCCCGCAGGUGGCCGACGCUAUCCUGGACAACGACAUGUUCACGCACUACGACCGCACCCACGUGGCCAAGCUGUGCGAGAACGCCGGCCUGUACCAGAGGGCCCUUGAGCACUACAGCACCCCCGCCGACAUCAAGCGGCUCAUGUCCUAUGCCCCGGCGAUGAACUCGGAGUUCAUCGUGAGCUACUUCGGCACCCUCUCGAGGGAGACGUCGAUCGACGUCAUGAAGGAGAUGCUCGGCAAGAACAUGCGCCAGAACCUGCAGAUGGUGGUCCAGAUCGCCACGGCGUACUCCGACCAGAUCGGGGCUGAAUCCCUGAUGGAAAUGUUCGAGAGCUUCAAGCUGUACGAGGGUCUCUUCUACUACCUGGGUGCGAUCGUGAACAACUCCACGGAGCCGAACGUGCACUUCCGGUACAUCGAGGCAGCUGCCAAGAUGCAGCAGUUCAAGGAGGUGGAGAGGGUGUGCCGCGACUCUACCGUCUACGAAGCCGAGAAGGUGAAGAAGUUCCUGAUGGACGCCAAGCUGCCAGACCCGCGUCCCCUGAUCCACGUGUGCGACCGCCACGACUUCAUCGAGGAGAUGACCGGGUACCUCUACAACAACAACAUGCAGAAGUACAUCGAGGUGUACGUGCAGAAGGUAUCCCCGCAGAAGACCCCCAUGGUCGUGGGCAAGCUGCUGGACCUGGAUGCCCCCGAGGACUUCAUCCGACAGCUGCUCAACUCCGUCGGCCACCAGUGCCCCGUCGACGAGCUGGUCGAACAGGUGGAGAGGCGCAACCGCCUCCGCCUCCUCCAGCCCUGGCUCGAGGCCAUGGUGUCCACGGGGAAUACGGAGACGGCUACCCACAACGCCGUCGGGAAGAUCUACGUGACCCUCAACAAGGACCCGGUGACCUUCCUCACCAACAACCAGUUCUACGACCCCAAGGUGCUCGGUAAGUACUGCGAGAAGCUGGACCCGUCCAUGGCCUUCCUUGCCUACAAGAAGGCGGGCGGCGCCUGCGACGAUGACCUCCUUCGGGUCACGAGCGAGAACGGCCUCUUCAAGAACCAGGCGCGGUAUCUCGUGGAGAAGCAGGACAUGGACCUUUGGGCCAAGGUGCUGACGAAGGCGGAGGGAGAGACGCAGGAGCCCGCCUCCCGGCGCGCCCUGAUCGAGCAGGUGGUGCAGACGGCGCUCCCCGAGACGAAGAACGCCGACGAGGUUUCCACCACCGUUAAGGCGUUCAUGAACGCCGACUUGCCGUCGGAGUUGAUCGAGCUGCUCGAACGCAUCGUGCUCCAGGGUUCCGACUUCUCUGAGAACAAGAACCUCCAGAACCUUCUCAUCCUGACGGCCAUUAAGGCCGACCGAGAGCGCGUGAUGGAGUACGUUAACCGCCUGGACAACUUCGACGGACCGGAGAUCGCCAAGAUCGCGGCUUCGGAACAGUACGAGCUCUUCGAGGAGGCGCUCCUGAUCUACACCAAGUGCGGCAAGAAGAGCGAGGGCGAGGAGAAGACCGCCAUGCACGUCAGCGCCGCCGAGGUGCUGGUGGACAACCUGAAGGACCUCAACAGGGCCAAGGAUUUCGCAGAGCGGGUCGCGGACAGCGCCGUUUGGAGCAAGGUCGCCAAGGCCCAGCUGGACGAGGACAUGUGCGUGGAGGCCAUCGCGUCUUACAUCAAGGCGGAGGACCCCAGCUACUACGCAGAGGUGAUCGAGGCCGCCGAGCGCGACGGUGCGUUCGAGCAGCUGGUGCUGUACCUUCGCAUGGCCCGCAAGGAGGUGAAGGAGGCCAUCAUCGAGAACGAGCUCAUCUACUCUCUCGCCAAGACCAACGCCCUGGGCGACCUCGAAGAGAUCAUCGCCGCUCCCAACGUGGCCAACAUCGAGGGCAUCGGAGAGCGCUGCUUCGACGAGGGCAUGUACGAGUACCGAGAGGCGGUCGAGGCGGCUACGAAGGCCAACGCUGUCAACACCUGGAAGCAGGUCUGCUACGCGUGUGUUCGCGCGGACGAGUUCCGACUCGCCGGUGUUUGUGGUCUGCACAUCCUCAAGCACCCCGACCACGUUGAGGAGCUCAUCCAGCACUACGAGAGGGCGGGCCACCCCACGGAGCUCAUCCAGCUCAUGGAGCAGGGUUUGGGUCUGGAGGAGGCCCACUCCGGGGUGUUCUCGGAGCUGGCGGUGCUCUACUCCAAGUACAGCCCCGAGAAGCUGAUGGAGCACAUCAAGAUAUUCUGGUCCCGUUGCAACGUCACCAAGGUGCUGCGCGCGUGCGAGAGGGCUCUCCUGUGGGACGAGGCGGUGUACCUGUACAAGGAGGAUGCACAGUACGACUCCGCUGUCAAGACCAUGAUCGACCACUGCGUCUGCUUCAAGCACGAGCUGUUCCUCGACUGUGUUACCAAGGUACGAAACCAAGAGGUGAACUACAAGGCGAUCACCUUCUACCUGGAGCAGCACCCUCUCAAGCUCGUCAGGCUGCUAACGGUGCUUACCCCCAACCUGGACCACAGUCGCGUGGUGCACCAGCUGAGGAAAGCGGAGAACCUGCCUCUCGCGAUCGACUACCUCAAGUCGGUGCAGAAGAAGGAGAACGUGGCUGCCGUGAACGAGGCCUUGAGCGAGCUGUACAUCGAGGACGAGGACCACGAGAAGCUGAGAGAGUCGGUAGACGACUACGACAACUUCGACCAGGUCGCUCUGGCACAGCGCAUCGAGAAGCACGAGCUGCUGGAGUUCAGGCGCAUCUCCGCGUACGUGUACAAGAAGAACCGGCGGUUUCAGCAGUCCGUUGCCCUCAGCAAGGGGGACAAGAUGUACAAGGACGCCAUCGACACGGCGGCGGAGUCGGGCGACUCCUCCCUUGCGGAAGACCUGCUGUCAUUCUUCGUCAACAUCGGGGACAAGGAGUGCUUCUGCGCGGCCCUGUACACGUGCUACUCGCUCGUGCGGCCAGACGUGGCCAUGGAGCUUGCCUGGCGAAACAACUACACGGACUACGCGAUGCCGUUUAUGAUCCAGUACUUGCGCAACCUCCACGAGAAGGUCGAGGCCAUCGACACCCGCACCAAGGUGUCCGUGGACAAGGAGGAGGAUGCCGCCGCCGCCGCCACCGCCGCAGCUGCCGCCAGCAUGAUGGACCCGGGGAUGAUGAACGGCGGCCCGGCUCUCUUGGCCAACACGCCUUUCAAUGCCCCUGGCCAGAUGGGAGGCUACGGCCAGAUGGGCGACCCCUCCAUGGGCAUGGGAGGAGGGGCCGCAGGGAUGGGGAUGGGGGGGAUGGCGCCGGGGGGCAUGCCGCAAAUGGGGGGCAUGCCCGGCCCUGGGAUGAUGGGGUCGGGAGGGGGCAUGGGGUUCUGA